AUGAAGUGCCACAGAAUCAAGUGCCACAGAAUCAAGUGCCACAGAAUCAAGUGCCACAGAAUCAGCAACGCAAUCAAGUACCGCUACAGCAGAAUCAAAUGCCACAGAAUCAGACACUACAUAAUCAAAUCCCUCCGUUCCAGGCACCGCAGGGUGUUCAAAUACCUCAAGUACCCCAGAAUGAACCCCAAACACUACACAACCCGAAUCCGGCUCCAACCUACCACGAGCCACACAGAUCUGCGCCAGCUUCGGUUCCAAGCAACGCAGAUCAGCCAGCCGCAGGCCAACCCCAAUCGACUCAGUCUCAGCCGGGCCUGUCUGGUGUAUCUGGUCUGUCUGGUGUAUCUGGUCUGUCUCUGUCUGGCCUGCCUGGCCUGGGCCCAGACCUCGCCGCGCUUCUUCGCAGUCUCCAGACGCCAGAGCUCCUGCAGUUGGCCGGCUACGUUGCCCAAAUCAGCUUGGAAAUGCAGAAGGUCAAUCUGA